GUUACGAGCCGGGCAGAGGACGAGCAGUGCACGCCUCCCGGCAGGCUGAGGCAGAGGGGACAACCCCUCUGAGCCUCUCGGGCACCUCAGCUCCACUCAGCCCUGCCGGCGCCGUACACCCGAGUGCCAUGGCGUGCGUGGAGCGCUGCUGCCGCUGCUGCUCUGACAGCCGGCGGCACAGCAGCAUCCUCUACAACAUCCUCAAGAGCGAGGAGCGGGCGGCUCCGCCGGAGGGGCUGGGGCCGAGGCGGGGGCAGGGGGAGGUGUCCCGCGGCUGUCCGUGCGGGUCCCGGCGGCGGGUGGCACUGAGGAGCCCGCAGGUCGCCUGCAAGGCGGCCUCGGCAGUGCUGGUGAAGACGCUGCGCUUCGUCCAGAACGUGCCCUGCUUCCAGGAGUUGCCCCUGGAGGAGCAGCUCCUGCUGGUCCGCAGCUGCUGGGCUUCCCUGCUGCUCCUGGGGCUGGCGCAGGACCGGGUGCACUUGGAGACGGUGGAGAGCGCGGAGCCCAGCAUGCUGCAGAGGAUCCUCACCACCCGGCGGCAGGGCGAGCAGCCCCCGCGGCGGGGACCGGCGCCGGGCCGACCGCACCACGGCCCGCACCUGCCCUCGACCGGCGAGAUUCAGGCUAUCAAGGGCUUCCUGGCCAAGUGCUGGAGCCUGGAUAUCAGCACCAAAGAGUACGCUUACCUCAAGGGGACGGUGCUCUUCAACCCUGAUCUACCUGGACUGCAGUGUACACAGUACAUUGAAGGACUGCAGAGAGAAGCACAACAAGCUCUAAAUGAACAUGUCAGACUCAUUCACAGAGGUGAUGAAGCCAGAUUUGCCAAGCUGAAUGUUGUUCUAUCCUUGCUAAGAUCUAUUAAUGCUAAUAUGAUUGCUGAAUUAUUCUUUAGGCCCAUCAUUGGGGCAGUGAACAUGGAUGACAUGCUUUUGGAAAUGCUUUGUGCAAAAUUAUAAAGGCAUGUAAAAUAAUGAAAAUAAGUCCAUUGCGAAGGAAGCCCUAGAGCAUAAUAGUGUAAAGUACUGUAAAUAAACUAACUUAUUGUUUUUACAUAGAUAGUAUUUUUGUAUUCCUUAAUAAAAUAUUCUUCAAGUUCUGAAAUUAAUUUUUAUUAAGCACUGUGGUUUUGGAAUAAGAUUACAGUCAUCAAAACAAGCUUUAAAGUUGUGGAGAAUGUUCAUAUCCAAAGUCGACUGGCUUUUCUUGUACCAUGUUUCUGAAUAAAGGUCAUAUUUACUAUAUUGUACUUU